GACUGUUCGGGAUCUGGAUGAUGGGUGGAAUGGGAUGGUACGGUUGGCCAUGAUAAGCCGGGCACAUCCUCAGCCGGCGACUCCUAUAAAUACCUGUUGCCAAUGGCUUUUGGCCAACAUUUAUUCACGGUUGCGUCCGCUGAUUACACACACACACAGUCCGCCAAAUAAUUGCAUUGUGAUACCGUUUGUUUUCUGAAAUACUCAAAUUUACACUUCAGAACAGAACUAUGUGCCAAACAAUGCGUUGCAUCCUGAUUGUUUGUGUGGCACUGGCUCUCCUUGCCGCCGGCUGCAGUGUGGAGGCCUCAAACUCCAGGCCGCCGCGGAAGAACGAUGUCAACACCAUGGCCGAUGCCUAUAAAUUCCUCCAGGAUCUGGACACCUACUACGGAGACAGAGCCCGAGUUCGGUUCGGCAAGCGUGGAGGCCUAAUGGAAAUCCUGAGGAAUCGUGAGCUGGACAACUUUAACCUGGCAAAGAAUGCAAACAACGGCGGUGAAUUGGUUCGCUCUUUGGAUGAGGAGGAGGUAUUUUAAACCCACCCACUAAGGACCAUGGCAACGUCACUAACUCAAGAUUUUAAAUAUUAGCAUACGCCUUUUUUGUUAAGUUCGUUUUUUCGGGGCAAUAGUUUAACGUGUUGGGUGAGACCUAGUAGUUGCAGCUACAGAAUGAAGUAUUUAAUAUAGUCUUGAUGUUUGUUAAAUAUUUAAAAAUACGCAAAUAAUCGUCUUCGUGAUGUAAAAAGUUGAAUAAAGAAUGCAAUGAGCUAAUGGUGGUUUAUAAUUAAACACUAUUAGUUCCAUAAAUUA